AUGAGCGGGCUCACGAUUCUCACCUGCUUGGCCUUCGUCUUGCUGAUCACCACUACGACCUGGCCUCCUGUCGCUCUUGCGGCAAGCGGUCAGCACCGGAGGAGGAGCAACCUGUGGCGCGGCGAUUCCAUCAUCGUCGGCGGCGACGACGCUCUGGUAUCGCCGAACGGCGACUUCUCGUGUGGCUUCCACCGCGUCGCUACGAACGCCUACGUUCUCGCCAUCUGGUUCACUGCCUCCGCCGAUCCUCACACUCUCGCGUGGGCGGCCAGGCGCGACGCCCCCGUGAACGGCAUGGGCUCCCGCGCCGAGCUCCUCGGGGACGGCUCCCUCGUGCUGCAAGACUUCGACGGCCGUACCGUGUGGACCACCAGCACGGGCGACACCGGCGCCGACCGCGCGCAGCUGCUCGACACCGGCAACCUCGUCGUGUCGGACGCCGCCGGCCGCACACUGUGGCAGAGCUUCGAUUGGCCCACCGACACGCUCCUCCCGGGGCAGCUCAUCACGCGGCGUAGCCGGGUCGUGUCCGCAAGGGCCAGGGGCGCCACCUCCUCCGGCUACUACAUCCUCUACUUCGACAGCUUCAACAUCCUCACCAUCAUGUACGACGGCCCAGAGACCAACCUCAACUACUGGCCCAACGCCUUCAAGACCUGGUACGAAAACGGCCGGACGUGCGGCGUGCACGGUAUAUGCGGCCGCUACGGUGUGUGCACGUAUCUGCUGGACGGGCCGGCGUGCGCGUGCCCCGAGGGGUUCGUGCCCGCCGACCCCGCAGACUGGAGCAAGGGCUGUCGGCGACUGUUCGACCUCAGGUGCGGCGAGGAUGUGCGCUUCGCCGAGCUGCCCAACGUGGACUACUGGGGGUUCGACUUCAAAUUACUAGCUGACAAGAAUUCAGGGAUCUUCAACGUCAGCUUCGAGACGUGCCGGCAAAUCUGCCUCGACGACUGCAACUGCGAGGGGUUUGGGUACAAGAAAGGGGGCAACGGCAAGUGCUAUCCCAAGGUCGCUCUGUGGAACGGCCGGGGCCCCGAACCCAAGCAGUUCAUGUACCUCAAGGUCCCUGCCCGCGACUGGAAGAAUCUGAACAUGUCGUCGGUGAUGAGCUUGCGCUACGGUGGCCACGCCUGCACAAAGCAAGAACAGAACGCCAGCGGCAGCUACUACAUGUCCCGUUACCUAAAGAAUGCUGGAGACAGCAAGAUAAACUUCGUGUACGUCUACAGCUUCCUCGCCGGCUUGUUCGUCGUGGAAGCCAUCGUCAUGGUCGCUGGGUACCUGUUCGUGUUCCGAGCCGAUCGGGCUGCCACACGUUGCGUCCACGACGAAGGGUACAACUUAGUGUUGAGUCAGUUCAGGAGAUUCACGUACCAGGAGGUUUCGAACGCUACUUGCGAUUUUGAAGAGGAGCUCACUAGUGAGGCACCAUGGCCGGUGUACAAGGGAGUAUUAGAAGACGGACGAGAUGUCGCGGUGACGCGGCUGGCGGAGGUCUCACCGCAGGCAGACCAGGUGUUCCGGUCGGAGAUGAGCGUCAUCGGACAGGUCAACCACAUGAAUAUUGUACGGGUAUGGGGCUUCUGCUCCGAGCGCUCGCACAGGCUCCUCGUCUCGGAGCACGUUGAGAACGGCUCGCUGGCCAAGGCCCUGUUCAACUGCGGAGCCGAGGAGCUCGGGCUAGGGUGGCACUCGAGGUACAAGAUCGCCGUCGGCGUCGCCAAGGGGUUGGCAUACCUCCACCACGAGUGCUCCGAGUGGAUCUUGCACUGCGACAUGAAGCCAGAGAACAUACUGUUAGAUGUCUCCCUGGAGCCUAAGAUCACCGGCUUCGGACUGGUGAAGCUGCUGAGCCGGGAAGACAAGACCGGCAGGGCGCCAUCCAGGGUGCAGGUUACCCGAGAAUACGCCGCGCCUGAGUGGGCGAUGAGCCUCCCGAUCACCUGGAAGGCUGACGUGUACAGCUUCGGUGUUGUGCUCCUCGAGCUGCUCCAUGGGAAGAGGGCUAGCGAGUGGUCGUCUGCAGAUUCACCGAAAGGUGGGGAUGCAUGCGUGGAUUUACAUGGGAUCGUGGUUUGGAUCGAGGACCGGAAAAUAGAGUGCCAAGGUAAGUUGUCAACACCAGGAUUGUGGCUGGAGAAGUUCGUGGAUGCGCGGUUGCUUGGCGACUUCAACCGCUUACAGGCGGCCGCGAUGCUGGAUGUGGCAAUGUUGUGCGUGGAGGAUGACCCGGACAAGAGGCCGAGCAUGAAUGUAGUUGUGCAAAUGCUUCUCUCUUCUCAGGAUGUAGGGUCGGCGUCCUUGCGCCGGGUCUGUCCUGCUCCUACCCAUGAAAUCCGUAGUAUGUAA